UUCAUGGUUUACUUUAAAAAAUAAUACAGGUUUUAAACCAAGGGAUGUCCCGAGUUACAUAUGCAUUUAACCAAGUGAAUUAAUUAAUUAUAAAACAUUAAAUAACAUUGUCAUUUAUGCUAAAAUAUAACCAAAUGACAAUAAAUUCAUUAUCAAUAAAAAGACUGAUAAAAAUGAUCAACUCCGACUGAGAAGAACACUUUGUUUAUGUAACGUGAUUUUUAAGGUUAUCUCUUUGUAUUUUUUUGUUCUUCUAAAAGAAAAGAAGACUAGAAUAGUCUUCAAGAAAAAAAUGGAGUCCACAGAACCACCGGCUCCAAAAGUACGACGCAUAAACAAACAACCGCCAAUGCAUGUCUCAGAAUGUGUUCGACAAUUUAAACUUCCCAAACACUUUCCAAGUUUAGCUUUGGGUCAUAAACCAGUUCCCACAGAACAUACAUUAUCUUCGAAUAGUGUUGCAAAAAAUAUGGAAACACAAUCACAAAUUAACGAUAGCGAAAAGUUAAAUAUAAAUAAAACAUCAAAUUCGAUAUUAAAAACAAUAAAUAAACCAAUAACAAUAAAUUCCUUAGGGAAUAAUAAUGUCAAUGGAAAAAGUACAUUAAAAACAUUAAAAUUAAAAAGUCCCGAUGGUAAAGAUCUAGGUGAAAUUAAAGUAAAACUCCUAGACGCUCCUAAUCAAACGCUGAAACGAAAACUCAUUACUAUUCCAAAAAGUGUUAUACCUGCAAUAACACAAAAUGACACUCAAACUGAACCCGUUGUUUCGUAUUCAAUGAAAGAUGUACAAUAUCCAGGAUCAAUUUAUCAAGAACCACGCAUUGAAAAAGUAGGACAAGAUUUAUUAAAUAAAGUGAAAAUAAUAAGUAAUGUCUCAUUAAAUAAACUACCAGCUGAAGAUCUCUCAAAAAUAAUUCAAGGCAAACAAAUGAUUCACAAAAUGUUUUCAAAUACACCAUUUGAACCACCAACAGUUAGUACAUCGAAAAUAAAUAAUCCCUGGAUUAAAAUGGACACAAAUAAAGUAAUUUUAACAAAUUCUGAUAGUAAAAAAAAUAAUAAUUUAGAAAAAAAUUUAGUAUAUCUCAAACCAGAGGAUCAUCCUUAUUUGAAAAAUAUAACAAAAUCAGGAAAACCAAUUGCAUUAAAACCAGUGAAAUUAAAAUCAUUAUCAUUAAAUUUAAAUACAAAUGAAGAGGCAAAUAUUUCUGAAACAAAUUUCAUUAGUGCUGGUGGAUUAUCAGGUUAUGAUAAUGGCGAUAUGGAUGAGCAUUGUAAUGAUGAAUUGUCAGUAAUGAUAAAAAAUAGUGAAGAAAAAAAAUUAGAUAAUUCAAAAAGUAACGAUGAAAUAUUUUCGAAGAGAAAAGAAAAUAAUGAGGAUUUAAAAAAUGACAAAGUGCCUACAGAAUCACCAGUACGUGAAUGGAAAAAAUUAAAAUACACUCUAACGAAAAAAAAUGUAAUGGUAAUGUUACCAAAAGUUCCAUCAAAAAAAAUUAUUACAAAUCUACCAUCAUCGGAGAGUGGUUCGGAUUUUGGUAAUCUUGCAAUAAGUGACGAUGAUCCUACUGAUCCAACAGAUAGCAAUAAUGAUGAAGAAGAAGAUGAUGAUGAUGAUGAUGAUGACGAUUUCAAUAAACAAAUAGCUAAAAAUAAUAAACCAAAGAAAAAUAAUAAUUCUAAAAAAAGUAAUUUAAAUCAGAAGAGCAAAAAAAUUGAUAAUGAAUCAAACGUCGAUAUGAGUAUCGUUGAAAGAGCACUUGCUCAUGUAAAAGAUAAAAAUCUUCGUGAAGAGGCUUUAAAAGUUUUAGCAACAUGUAAAUUAGGUGUCGAACGACAAAUUCCAAUUCGUUCACCAUCAAAUGAAAUUUCAAUACGCGAAACAUCGUGUCAAACAAAUAUAUUUGGAAAUUUAGAUCCAUAUUGUGAGGAAUUUAUUGAAGUUCAAGAAUCUGAGAAGAAUAUCAAGAAAAUUAAUAAAACAAUAAAAGAUCGUUCAAUUGCAUUUAAAUCAUUAAAUUAUAUUGUCACACCAAUGAAAGAAAAGGAGGAGAAAAGUAAUUUUGCAAUAGAAUUGGAUAAAAUAAUUAUGGAUUUGAAUAUUAAUUCAGAAGAGAAACAGGAAGUAGAAAAUAUGAAAAAUAUUCUCGAUAGACCAAUACAAAGUACAGAGAAAAUAAAUCGUGUAUCAAAACAAAUUGUCGAAGAUAUUAAAUUAUUGCAAACACAUGAUGAAAGUGGAUUAACGGGAUUACACAAGGCUGUUAUGCGAGAUGAUAUUAAAUCUAUCAAAAGAUUAUUAAUGAUUUUACGGGUGACGAAAAAUGAUGUUGACAUAAAAACACAUGAAAAUAGGACGAGCUUAGAAUUGGCAUUAAAAAUGGAUGCUGAUCCAGAAAUUGUUAGAGAAUUAUUGGAAGCUGGAGCGAAUCCAACAUCAGAUGAAGUGGGAUACGAUUCAGCUUUAAUAAUUGCUAGUAAAAAUUCAUCUCCACUUUUACCUCUACUCACAAAAUAUACCAGCAAGGCAUCUUUGAAUUGUAUGGAUGUUGAAGGAUUUGCAGCCAUUCAUAAUUGUGCAUUGCGAGGCAAUUUAUCAGCGGUGAAUGCCUUAAUUGCAGCUGGGGCAAAUAUAAAUUUACAAGAUCUACGAUCAGGAAGAACGGCUCUGUUUCAUGCUAUCGAAAAUGGACAUAUUGAAACAGCACGUCAACUAUUAUCAUCAGGUGCAAAACCAAAUAUAAGAAAUAACGAUGGACACAAUAUUUUACCACUUCUCGAUGAACCGAAAACGCAAAUAUUGAAAAAUAUUGUUUUAAAAGCAAUGAGGACACAUUGAAAUUAUUUCAAUGGAAAAUUUGGUAAUUAUGAUGAAGAGAUUUAUUUCCUUUUUUUAAAAUGCUUUGUUACCAUUUCUUUUCAUCAUGCUAAGAUUAUCUAAAUAGAUUAAAUAAUUAUGUCAUUGUCUUUGAAAAAUAUUUGAUAAAUAAUUAUGCUUUUUUUAAAAAUUAUUUCAUUGACAAUAACUUGAUUAAAUUAUUAAGGAAACAAAGAUUUGUAAUCAUUUGAAAUUUAAUAAUUUCGUUAUUUGCAUUUUAAAUUAUUUAAAAUUAAAAGAGCAGCUGUUAUAUUCGUUAUAAAGCAAUUUUUUACAUAUAUAUUUUUUUUAAAAAACGUCGAUUUAUAUUAUUUUUAGAAGACAAAUUUUUAAGUUACAUUUAAGGAAUGUACAUAAUUCUACUUGAUGUAUUGUAGAAAUUUAUAAUGUAGAAUUCUUCGAAAUUUGUAUUAAUCUUUUUUGAUUAUUCGAAGUUAUUUAUAAUUAUAAUUAGAAAAUACGAAUUAUUUUCAAAUUAUAUAUUAACAAAAAAAAAAAAAAUUGAUCACGCUUUCAAAAUUUAAUCAUAGUUAAAAAAAAAUACUUUACAAUUUUUUAUAAUUUAUAUGAUUAUAUUUAAAAGCACAAUUACGUUAAAUACGACAAAUUUCUUUAAAUAUUUAAAAUUUGAUAUGAUUUUAUAGCAAA